UAAAAACCCACGUUGAAUAAAAUAUUCUAACCACAGCGGUGCCACUACCCAUUGAACCCCUUCCGAUUACACUCUCUCCUCUUACAUACAGAGAAGACUUCGUAGACUUUGAUUCAUUUCCAUAAUCAAAGAUCCAAACUUUUUAAAGUUUUCAAAACCCAUAUCAGCUUAAUCUUGUACACCCAUUUUCUGCAUUUCAUUUCUUUUACCAAGCAGUGUUUUUUCUUCUUUUUUAAUUUUUAAAAAGUUUGAGUAAUCUUUACACCAUGCUAUAGAAAAUAAGGACUUUGUGUAAUUCAAAAAAAAAGAAAAAAAUUGUGUCUUGGGUGUGACGGAAAAAUGGCGGGUCGUAGGGAGAAGUAUGGGCAAUCAAUAAGAGGAUCUCGAAUUGCUGCAGCAAUUGCGAUCGGUGUUCUUUUGGGCUGUGUCUUUGCUUUCUUGUAUCCUAAUGGAUUCUUCUCUCCCGAUCCACCUCACCCUCUUUCUAAAUCCAAUCUUCAGGUUGGCUCAUCCAAUUGUGAAUCCACGGAGCGGGUAAACAUGUUGAAUUCCGAGAAUAGGAAGUUGUCUGAGAAGAAUGCAGAGUUGCAAAGGCAGGUGAGAGAGCUAAAUCAAAAGCUUCAGGUGGCUGCUCAGGGAAACGGUCGUGCUCAGGAGCAACUUGUGGUGUCAAGUCAACCUCAGAAAGCUGGGCCUUUUGGAACUGUCAAAAGUUUGAGAACUAACCCUCCUGUUGUGCCCGAUGAGUCGGUGAACCCAAGAUUAGCAAAGAUCUUGGCAGAGAUUGCAGUUAGCAAAGAGGUCAUAGUUGCACUUGCCAAUUCAAAUGUUAGAUCCAUGCUGGAGGUUUGGUUCAACAGUAUUAAAAAAGUGGGUAUUCCCAAUUAUCUGGUUGUGGCGUUGGAUGAUGCUAUAGUGGAUUUCUGCAAGGAAAAUGAUGUCCCCUUUUAUAAAAGAGAUCCUGAUGAUAAUGUCGAUUUUAUUGGAAAAAAUGGAGGCAACCAUGCUGUCUCAGGAUUGAAGUUUCGAAUUUUGAGGGAGUUUUUGCAGCUUGGUUACAGUGUCCUCCUUUCUGACGUCGAUAUUGUGUAUCUGCAAAAUCCUUUUGAUCAUUUAUAUCGGGAUUCAGAUGUCGAAUCAAUGUCUGACGGUCACAAUAAUAUGACAGCUUAUGGUUAUAAUGACGUUUUCGAUGAACCUUCAAUGGGUUGGGCUCGAUAUGCACAUACAAUGAGGAUAUGGGUUUAUAAUUCUGGCUUCUUUUAUAUCCGGCCAACGAUUCCUUCAAUCGAGCUCUUAGAUCGGGUUGCUGAUCGGCUUACUAAGCAGCCAAAUUCCUGGGACCAGGCAGUUUUCAAUGAAGAGCUCGCCUUUCCAUCACAUCCCGGGUAUGUUGGCCUUUAUGCUUCCAGGAGAACAAUGGAUAUCUAUCUGUUCAUGAAUAGCAAGGUCCUAUUCAAGACUGUAAGAAAAGAUGCUAAUCUGAAGAAGUUGAAACCGGUUAUAGUUCAUGUAAACUAUCACCCGGACAAGUUUCCUAGAAUGAAAGCAGUUGUUGAGUACUAUGUCAACGGCAAGCAGGAUGCGCUGGAUGCAUUCCCAGAUGGUUCAGAAUAAUAGCAGCAGCUGCUGAAAUUGGACCUUACAUUGAGAGCUAGGCCAGCUAUAUUCUCUGUCGUACUAUUUUGUCUUUACAUACAGGUAGCUCAGUUGAUUCUCCCUUUUGGAUCAAUGUGUAAUACCAACCAACUUUUGCUUCUAUGUUCAAAACUUGUCUCUCUUUCACCAUAGUAGUAGUUCUAUUCGAAAAUCUUGCAGGAUUGUGCUU